UCCAGUGGGGAAGGAAAUCGACUUCAACAACUGAGACUAACUUUGUGUCACCUGCAGGACUUUUGCUGCUCGUUGUCGUGAAUAAAUGUCGAUUUAAAAAUAGUUUAGUUAUUUAACUGUAAUGACGCGGUCGUAUCGCGUCAUGACGUACUGCUACUAAAGCUCAUUUAGGUGUAAAUGGAUCCGCUGCUUCUGCGAGGACUUGGCGAAAUGAUGUGCGAAAGUCAUCAGGGGUGAAGUGGACUGAGGACCGUCACUCAUAGUUCAUGUUGAGAAUACCGACUUAUAACCUGACCUAGCGACCCAGACACCAUGUCUGUCCAUGGAGAAGACUACCUUCAUAAUACUCAGAUUUUUGAGAACAUAAUGAUGGAUCCAUCGUGGGACUUUACACAUUUUGCUGCGAUGCCUCAGACGGCGUCCCUGCGGACAGUGGACGGCCCGUACCUGCAGAUCGUGGAGCAGCCCAAACAGCGUGGCUUCAGGUUCCGGUACGGUUGUGAAGGUCCGUCUCACGGCGGUCUGCCGGGAGCCUCCAGUGAGAAGAACCGGAAGACCUUCCCCACCGUCAAGAUCAUCAACUACCAGGGUCCGUCCCGGGUGGUGGUGCAGCUGGUGACGGCGCUGACCCCCCUCCCUCAGCUUCACGCUCACAGUCUGGUGGGAAAACAGUGUGACAAAGGGAUCUGCAUCGCCGACCUGCAGCCCAAAGACACCAACAUCAGUUUUCCCAACCUGGGCAUCCUCCAUGUGACGAAGAAGAACGUGGCGAAGACUCUGGAGGAGAGGAUGAUCGAGGCCUUCAGGAUGGGAUACAACUGUGGAGUCUCCAUCCACCCCGAGAUAGACAACCUGCGGGGGGAAGUCCGGGUCCCCCGAGAGCUCACCGACCACCAGCGCAGUCUGAUCAGCAGCGUGGCGUCUGUCCAGGCUAAAGAAAUGGACCUCAGCGUGGUUCGACUCAUGUUCACGGCGUUCCUCCCCGACAGUGACGGCGGUUUCUCCAGACGGCUCGAGCCCGUCGUGUCUGAACCGAUCUACGACAGCAAGGCUCCCAACGCCUCCAACCUGAAGAUCGUGAGGAUGGAUCGAACUGCCGGCUGUGUGAGCGGAGGAGAGGAGGUCUACCUGCUCUGUGACAAAGUCCAGAAAGAUGACAUCCAGGUUCGGUUCUACGAAGAAGACGACUCGGGGAUGACCUGGGAGGCUCUGGGAGAUUUCUCCCCGACAGAUGUUCACAGACAGUUCGCCAUCGUGUUCAAGACUCCAAAGUAUCGAGACCAGAACCUGCAGAAGCCGACGUCCGUGUUUGUCCAGCUGAAGAGGAAGUCUGACAACGAGACCAGCGAGCCCAAACCCUUCACCUACCACCCUCAGAUCAUAGACAAGGAGGAGGUGCAGAGGAAGAGACAGAAGACGUUGCCAAACUUUCAGGACUUUAGUGGUCAUGGAGGAGGAGGAGGAGGAGGUCUGUACCGAGGAGGAGGAGGAGGAGGAGGUCCUGCUGUAGGAGGAGGACCCGGCUCCGCAGGAGGAGGAGGAGGAGGAGGAGGAGCUUACUUCCAGGGCUUCACUACCUACCACUAUGGAGGAGGUGGAGCGGGUGGAGGCGGAGUUGGAGGCUUCUCCACAGGAUACUCAGCUGGUCUGGGGGGAGGAGGAGGCAUCAAGCACGCCUCCCAGGGUGACGCAACAGACGGCGCCGACGACGACAGCGAUCCAGACGACGACGACUCGGAGUCUGGGGUCGUCCUGAGAGCUUUAUCCCAGCCGAGAGGAGAGGAGGCGGGGGAAAGGACGGAGGACGGAGGAGGCGGUGUGGAGUCAGAACACGGAGGGGAGCGGUUGGAUCAGGUGACCAGCAGACAGUUGGAGGCUCUCUUUCAGUACUCGGUUACAGGUGAUUCGGCGUACCUGUUGGCUCCACAGCGCCCCCUGAUGACCGCACAGGACGAGGAUGGAGACACUGGGCUCCAUCUGGCUGUUCUCCACAGCCAGCAGGAGGCGCUAAAGAGUCUGACUCAGGUUGUCUCUGCCCUGCCUGGACAGGAAGUGCUCAACAUGAGGAACCACCUCUACCAGACUCCUUUGCACCUGGCGGUGAUCACCCAGCAGAGGGAGGCGGUGGAAGCGCUGCUAUUGGCCGGCGCUGACCCGACUCUGACAGACCGUCAUGGCAACACAGUGCUCCACCUGGCGUCCCAGCUGGAAGGAGGAGGGAUGGUCAAGUUUCUGCUUCAGCACAGAGAGCUGAGGGAGCUGCUGUACCACACCAACACAGCAGGUCUGUGUGCAAUCCACCUGGCGGUGCUGGCCAAUCAGCUGUUUUCUCUCAGAGAGCUGCUGGAGGGCGGGGCUAACGUGGAGGCUCAGGAGCGCAGCAGUGGACGGACCGCCCUUCACCUCGCCACCGAGGCCGAAAACGUGUCGCUGGCCGGCUGCCUGCUGCUGGAGGGAAACGCCAAUGUGGACUGCUGCACCUUUAAUGGCUCCACGCCCCUCCACAUCGCUGCAGGGCGGGGCUCAAUCAAGCUAACGGCGCUCCUCAUGGCUGCAGGCGCUGACCCUUAUAAGGAGAACUUUGAGCCGCUGUUCUUCAGGGACGAGGAGUGCUGCGACGAGGAGAGGGAGGAUGAGGAUGAAGAUGAAGGCUACAUCCCGGGUACAACUCCGCUCAACAUGGCCGCCACCACUCAGGUGUUGGAGCUUCUAAAUGGGAAAGAGUACGAACCUCCACAGAGAGCUGCUGUCACUCCUCAAGGCGACCUGGCGAGCCUGGACAUGGAGGUGAAGCAGGAAGUGUGUCGUGCUCUGGAGAGUGAAGGAUGCUGGGAGAAUCUGGCUCACGGUCUAGGUCUCGGGAUCCUCAACACGGCCUUCAGACUGAGCCCCUCCCCCGCCAAAACACUGCUGGACAGCUACGAGGUUUCAGGCGGGACGGUCCGGGAUCUGCUGGCCGGUCUGAGGUCAGUGGGAGAGUGCAGAGCGCUGAGCGUCCUGGAGGAGGCGCUGCGUCACCUCGGCGACCAGGAAACGCAGGCGGCCGACGAGACGAGCGGCGAGGCUCUGUGCGCUCAGGUCCAGGACCUGAAGGUGGACGUUCGGAUCGACAGCGGGGUGUGUGACAGCGGGGUGGAGCUCUCCACAGCGUAACGAUCUCAUUGGCCGGCGACCCCCCCGUUCACCCGCCAUCCGGCGAUGGAUCGGCUGAGCUGGUCCCUCAGAGGAAACACUCCUCCUCUCCAUGAAUGUUUCUCAUCACAAAACCUUUUAAGCUGUUUUUAAUUACAUGUGUUCGACUGUGUUUCAUUUUUUAAACCCCGACGAGACAGAAGACAAAGUCGCAGCCGUUCAGCUGACGUGAGUUUUAAAAAGUGAGCGAUUGAUUCUUGUUCUGUAGAAAAAAGAAAUAUUUGGUUUGAUGUUUUGCGCCCACACUACACUCCAGCAGCCCAACCAAAGAAUGUAAAUCUGUUCCUUAUGAAAUGAACCCGGCUCCUCGGUGGGCUCGGCGGCAAAUUGUGUAAACGAGCCCCUCGACUGUCCCGUGGUAGAAAAAGAAAUUGAUUAGUUCCACUAAAUGAUCCACUGACCCUCGUUUGGAACCAGGUGUUGGCGGCUGGGCGGAGGGACAAAGCGAGCGGGUGGAUUUUAAGAUUUCCGGCCUUCCCGAUGAGGCGUUCAGCUGACGUCCAGCGUCUGGGGCCAAAGGUGCUAUUAAUACUGGAAUGAUUGUAAAGAGGCUGAUGUGCCCUAAAGGUCGUGUCCGUGCAAAGACUUGUUCUGUCCUCCAUCUCGACCCGGAGACAACUCUUCUUCUCAUGGACAUGCAAGCGUCGUCUUAAAGGGAGACUUCUGUAUUUUUUAAGCAGGACCUUAUUUUCCCAUGUUUUUGUGUGUGAUUAAUUGGGACGUGUUUUAAACCUGGUCCAGUCCUGAGCGAGCUGCAGGCUGCCGCAGUGACCAAGGGCCCCCCCGUCACACAACGUCCUCUAAAGGGCUUGUGCAAAUUACAUCGUUCACAUACUUGCCUGCGUACUUUGCGUGUACCUUGAGAAUUAAACGUGGAUCCACUAGAGGGCAGAUCAUCCCUCGCCGACACCGGAUUAUCGUCCUUGACGACCUCCGAAUUUGCACAUCGUAAACAAACCAAACACGGCGACACUUGAGGAGGUUGUGAUUUUAACGAUCUCUGUAAUUGUGAACUAGCUCCAGGAGUUUUUGUGUAAACAUGAAUCUCCUUAUUUAAAAGUCUGCUGCUGACCUUCUUCUUCUUCUUUUGCGUUUAAUAGCGGUUGGUUUGCUAACCUGCACACCGCCACCUCCUGGGCUGCUGUGUGUGGAACAGGAGGUGAACUGCGUAGCGUUAAUUCCUGGUAAUAUUAUCAAGCUGCAGUUUCAGGAUCCCCCGCAAUCCUGGACCGCAGUUCUUUUGCGACAGCGCCAUCUAGUGGAGUGGUGGCGGUAAUACACAGCAACACAAAGGAGGUCCGCUAGCUGUAGGGUUAACCGGUCGACACGCAAAUAAUCAAUAACUUCGGCACACACACUCGGUGAUGGUUGUGGCGAGGAUAACUGGCUUCGGACGGGCUGUCAAGAGUAACAUAGCUAGCUAGCCCGUCAGCUAGCCGGCAGUAUCAAAGUAAACAAGGGUCCUAGAAAUGCUGUUCAGGUCCAAGGAUUAAAGUCCUGCAACCGCAAUCUCUGGUACUGCAGCUACAUACUACUCGUUACUGGAGACGUGCACAACGUACGCUCCAAAGGAACGCAGGAUACGCGUGGCAGCCAUCUUGCAAACGCAUAGGGUCCAGGUUUGAAAAUACAGAAUUCACCCUUUAACACAGACUUAGUCUGAAACUGUCCUUUUUAAGUGUGUGCGUGUUGUAAAGAUUGAUUAUUAAAAAAAUCUGUUUAGUGUUUUUUAAUUUUAAGGGCCAUUUAAUUUCUGUCCGUCUCACCCAAACAAAAAAUAACUCGUAAAACGUUUUAAUAGCAAGAUGAACUUGUUUUAAAAAAUGUUCUUCAGUCUGUUUAGUCUUCCUCUGCGUUCGAUAAGAAGAUGUUUCAGCACAAAGACUGGAAGUGUGAGCAAACUGUUAUCAGAAGAGACAGAACACAGUGCAAGGCAUUGUGGGAAACGAGUCCAGAGCUGAGGAGGAGUUUUCUCAGUGUGAAACCAAAGCGUCUCUCAUAUUUAUAUCUUUGCUCUGCACUGUACAGUUCAACAUGAGCUUUUCAUUGUUUGUAUUGUUAUUUUUUAAAUAAAGUUUUAUAUAUAUACUUAAA